ACGAGACCACAUGGUUUCAACGUUGCUUUAUUAAUGCAUAAAGAGAAAUUUACUUUUACGGUACGACGCAACAGCCUGUGUCGACACCACAGGAGGCCUCCAUCGACCCUUUCGCUCUUUGGAUGCGGCGUUGAUCUUUGACUGUAGGUGUGUAGUUUAAGGGUGGCAAUGGGAAAAGAUGUCCGAAAUGUGAUUUUUCCAUGGCCUAAUCGUUGUGUAAAGUGGAUUAUUCUUGUCAGCCGUGAGUGCGCGUCAGUGAUGGCGGGCCCGGCCGGAGUCGUCAAUUCCGCGAGCUUAUAAAACGGCUGCUGAUGAGCUUCAUUUUGUGCAAACGGUGCGUGCAUCUCAGAUCAGCAGCUACCUAAUCAUCCAAGAAGAGCUACGUUCAGCUGCAGAAGAUCAGUAGAGCCUUACGUCCCCGUCCGCAUCAAAACUCAUCAAGCACUGAUGGAGUUUCUGGGAGGAUCAUUGGACGUGACGAGGAGCACUGGAAGCCCGAAGAUGAUGGACGGGAAGAGCGGCGGCGGGUCGUGGCGGCAGGCGCCGGCGCCCGUGAGGCAGCUGUUCUGGAGGGUGAGACGCGCCGUGCUGCGGCCGAAGCGCCGCACCGUAAGCUUGGGGUACGACCUCAAGAGCUACUCCCAAAACUUCGACGACGGCCUCAUCCCCGCCCACCGUCUCUAGCGGUACCCGGCCGCAUGGGCCGUCUUCUUUUUCUUCUUCUCAGUUUUACUUCGCCCGGCCGGACUCCGGCUCGUGGCUGGAGAGUACAAAGUGGCGCCACCUUGUAAAUUGUAAUUUGCUACUCUAGCUCAGUCACCAGUGUGGUAGUAGUAUUAGACAGUACUGUUCAUACACAAGUUGCUUGGUGUUCAAAGUCUGAAACGACCAAUGAAAUGACACAGUGUAUCUAUGCUGUCA